ACCUCACUUUUACAUCUGUGCGUUGUGUUGUCAAAACACAGCUUCACUUAAAUUUCGAAAAUACAGUAGAGUUGGUUGAGUUUCAUCAAUGCUUCAAGAUGGACCAUAUAUUUACUCUAAAUAAGAGUAGCAGAAAAAUUAGCCCUCACAAGGAAAAUAUCUUCAACAGCCUGCCCAAAUCUAUUCGAUGCUCUAUUUCUCCUACGAACGUUAUUGCUUUUAGUACGGAAAGUGAUUUAGAAAAUUCCAAAACAUUAAAUUGGUCCUCAAAUGUUUAUGUUGCUGAUUUGAACAGUCCAUGGUUGACUUGCAAAAUUCUAUCGAAUUCUUCCACAAUAACUGUUUUGCAAUGGGAUUCUACCGGAGAGUUACUGCUAGUUGCUGAUCAAAAUGGCUAUGCAAGAAUUUAUCGAGAAAAAGACCAUUUACUGAAUGAAUGGACAGUAGUUGCUCAGACUAAUUUAGAGGGUGAAAAUAUCAUAUCAGCUGCUUUUUUCCACACAGGCAAAAAGAUAUGCAUUAACCCUGAGAAGAAAGAUAGUUCAAUUUACUCAGAUAAGUUCACACACCUGAAAUUUGCCUGCUCGGUGAAACAGUUUGGUGGUAGACCUUGUAAUGGAGUCUUAUUAUUAACCUCAACAGGUAUGCUUUGUGCUAUGUUGUUUCCACCUACCACCAGUCAAACAUCUGUUAUAAUCACCACCGAAAGCUUGGCCCCAAUACGGAUAUUGAUCAAGGCUGCAGACAUUUGUUUUGGAAAGAAUGGCCAUUUUUUGAUAGCUGUGAGUAGUGGAGAUCCAGUGUUACCAAUCUUGUGUUAUCACGUUUCAGUUAUGAAAUCUGGUGAAAAAUGUAUAAUUACAAGUAAUAACUGUAAUAAUCUUUUUCCUAGUUUUUUCCUAUCAGAAGCACCACCAGAAACUGGAAUACAAAAUAUAAUUGGGAGUAAGGGCGCAGCAGUUACCAAUGUUAAAUGGAUGAUGAGGGAAGAUGCAGAUUCGUUGGUGAUUUCUGCUGGAAAUGAUACAAUGACAACACUACAAGUUUGGGAAUUAAUUCAAGUAUCGAUGCCUGUUCAUAGUGUUUUGGGUAAAAGUGAUACUACCCAACAUCAUCACACUGUGCGAUGGCAAUAUCAUAGCCAUUUUCAAUAUCCACAUAGAGUUACUUCACUGGCUAUCAGUAAACUCUCCCUGAUAAAUAAUGUCUCUAGUGGAUAUGUAGUUGUAGCCUUUAAGGAUAAUUCGAUUCAUUGUUUGUAUCGUGACACUCUGAAACCUGUAGUGAAUACAAACUUAAUGAUCAAACCAAAGUACAUGGGGGAACCUUAUGCUAAAUACCAAAAAAUUAGCGUGAAUAUCGUUGCAAUAGAUAUGUCAUGGUUGGGUAAUGUUCUUGUAGUAAUCGAUUCGGACGAUUCUAUGUAUCUCUUCAAGUUACCUCCGCAAAUCGACAGUUCGACGCCUCUGAGCGUCCCAUACUGUACCACAAUUCUAGAAUAUUGCUUAGUAUCAGGAAUGGAUUGGUUGGACCUUCUCCUGGUGCUAAGGCCGAGUAUGCUGGAUCCCCUUUGCGACCGACUGACUGAAAGUUUCAACAGGCAACCCUCAUCGCUCCAACAGUAUUAUUACAUGCAGUAUUUAUGCAUGAAAACGUCUCUAUAUGGACUGAGUGCUCAAGGGCAGACCAAAGCUAAUGAUUUGACCCAUUUCUCCAUGCUGCACAGCAUUUCGACAGCCUUCAAGAGUCUCCUCCGACCCAGCGAGAUGAGCAGUCACGAAAAGAGUCCCGCAGAUUCUCUGUCGAAUGUGAUCAACGAAGGACAGUGUGACGUUGACAAACUUUUAAUGCACCUAGAAGCCAAAGAGUUCACGGUAGAACCGACUACGUUGCAGAGUCUCCAGCAAUUGAUUCAGUGGGUUGGAGAUUUGGCGGUCAAUUUAUUGCUGAAGAUACCGGAAAGCAGGCCCAGUCAAUCUAAAGGCUACGAGCUGAUUAGGGAUGUAAAAGCCCUGAACAUGUUGCGGGAGAUGCUCAUUCUGAUCAGGAUUUGGGGUCUCCUACGGCCGGCAUGUCUCCCUUGCUUCAUCAAAUCGGACGCUAAUCUGGAUAUCUUGGCGCUGGUCUUCAGGCUCUUGAGUAGAUUGGUGCAAAAUGUAAACGAACCUGAUGAGAGCUUAAUUGAUGAUUGUUGUCAACUUUCUAGUCAAGUAAUGGUUCAGCCCAUGCAGCUCCCACCAGUUAAAUCAGCUUUAGCUUCACCGCAACUGGCGCAACAAAUUUUACCAUUACAGUUGGAAUAUGGUUGUGAACCAGAAUAUUUGGUUGGAAAAGAGGAAUCAAACUGUGGUCAGACGGUGGACUCAAUUCGACACCUUUAUCUGGGAAAAACCCCUCGCAUCAUUAAGAAAUGUGUGAGAUGUGGAAGUUCUGCAGGGAUAGUAUCAGUUACCAGAACAGCAGCUAUCAGAGCUUGGGAUCAAAGAUGGCUGAAGUCCUGUCAAUGUGGAGGUAUCUGGAGAAAACAAACAACUUCAUGAACUGCAUCAAGUUAAAUAGAUUGUACAUAUGUUUUUACUCGACCCAUUCCUUGUACAAGGGUUAUUAAAUUAUAUUUUACAUAA